AUGGAAAAUCAUAACGCACAAGAUUAUAUUAAUAAAAAAUACCCAAUAAAUGGAGCAUGUAAUAGAAGCGCAGAUUCAGAAAACAAGGGCAAAAGACGUGAAGAAAUAACCAAAUUAGAUAUUAGCAAAGGAAAAGCUGGGGGUGGCGAAACCAUAUUUGGUAAUAGCAAACUCAAAAAAUUAUAUGGUAACUUAAAAUUAGAAGGAUUUACUAAUUUGCGAGUUUUUAAAAUCUACUCUCAUCAAUUGACUAGUUUGGAUGUUAGUACAUGUAGAUAUUUAGAAGAAUUAGACUGUCAUGAUAAUGAACUUACUAGCUUAAAUAUAAAUGGUUGCAUUAAUCUUAAAAGAAUUAACUGUUCCAAUAAUUCUGGUUUAAACGUAAUAAAUAUAAAUAAUUGUCCAAACCUUGAUAUUAAACAAUCAAAGACUGAUCUUAUGCACGAUUAUAGGACUCGUAAAUUAGUGAAAAGGUUAAGAUCAGAACCGAAACAAAAUAGUUCACAAAAAGUUAAACAAGAACAAAAUGCCAACGGUAAUCAAGAAAGAAAUACCAACGGUAAACAAGAAAGAAAUACCAACAAUAAACAAGAAAGAAAUACCAACGUUAAACAAGAAAGAAAUACCAACAAAAGAAUUGAACAAGAGUUAUCUAUAAAAAGGAGCAGACUAAAAAAAUUACACUUUGAUUUGUCUCUGAAAUUUAAAGAGUAUUUAGCAAGAACUGUAACUAAAUAUCUUUUUAAGAGCCAUAAAAUGUUCGUAGAAGGAACAGAUGUUGAGGGUUAUUAUAGCAAAAACUUGGCCAAGUUAAGAAAUGCAUUAGGAUCAGAUACAGAAGGUCAUAAAAUACUUGAUCAAAUAAUAUCUGUGCAAAAUGAAAUAAUUGAUCUGGAAAAAGAAUUAGAAUCUACGACAUCACAAGUUGGAUCACCUCCGCCUUAUUAUGCUAUUCAAACAGAAUUUCCGAGAAAUAAUUAUAAUUUUCCAUAUAUGCCUUGUUAA